AUGCAGGUGAGAGGUGCUGAAUUCUCCCAUGAGCCCGAUGAGGACGUGAACGCAGCACAAGUGAAAGUGAAACUAGAUGUGAAGCUGUCCUGCUGUGCUUUGUGUCAGGAGCUCCUGAGGGAUCCAGUCUCCACCAGCUGUGGACACUGGUUCUGCAGACGGUGCAUCACCUCAUACUGGGACCAGUCUGAUCCAUCAGGAGACUCUGCCUGUCCCCAGUGUGGAAAAACAUCCAGAACAAGACCUGGACUGCAGACACCCAGUCAAACCAGCCCAGAGGAUGGCGGUCUGCAGGAGGUUUUAGACAAGCAUAAGAUCAGUCUGAGGAGGAGAUGUGAAUUUGUGACAGAAGGAACUGCUGCAACAGGAACUGGAACCCCCCUCAACAGGAUCUACACUAAGUUCUACAUCACACAGGGACGGAGGGAAGAGGUUAAUACCCAACAUGAGGUGUGGCAGCUGGAGACAACAUCCAAGAUGGCGACCCUCCAUGACACUCCAAUCAGGUGCCAGGACAUCUUUAAACCCUUACCUGGCCAAGACACACACAUCAGAGUAGUUGUGACACAGGGUGUUGCUGGGAUUGGAAAAACCUUCUCAGUGCAGAAGUUCACUCUGGACUGGGCAGAGGGCUUGGAAAACCAACAUGUCAGUCUUGUGGUUCUGCUUUCGUUCCGGGAGCUGAACUUGAUCAAAGAUGAGCGCUACAGUCUUCUCCAGCUGCUCCGUGUUUUCCAUCCAACAUUACAGACGGUCACAGCAGAGAAGCUGGCCGUCUGUAAAGUCAUGUUCAUCUUUGACGGCCUGGAUGAAAGCAGGUUUUUAUUGGAUUUCCAGAACAAUGAGGUCGUGUCUGAUGUCACACAGACAUCAUCAGUAGACGUGCUGUUGACAAACCUCAUCAAGGGGAAUCUGCUUCCCUCGGCUCUCCUCUGGAUAACUUCCAGACCUGCGGCGGCCAAUCAGAUCCCUCCUACAUGUGUCGACAGGGUAACAGAAGUCCAAGGGUUCACUGACCUCCAGAAGGAGGAGUACUUCAGGAGGAGAUCCAGGGAUAAGAAGCUGUGCAGCAGAAUCAUCUCACACAUCAAGGCACACAUCAGGCUCCACAUCAUGUGCCACAUCCCAGUCUUCUGCUGGAUCACUGCUACAGUUCUGGAGCACAUGUUGACUACAGACCAGAGAGGAGAGCUGCCCAAGAGCCUGACUGAGAUGUACUCACACUUCCUGCGGGUUCAGACACAGAGGAAGAAGCACAAGUACGAUGAGAGACAUGACAGGAGUCAGCAGGAGCUGAUGGACACUGACAGGGAAGUUCUUCUAAAGCUGGGCAGGCUGGCAUUUGAACAUUUUGAGAAAAGCAACCUGAUGUUCUACCAAGAAGACCUGGAGGAGUGUGGUCUUGAUGUCAGAGAGGCCUCGGUGUACUCAGGAGUGUGCACAGAGAUCUUCAAAAGCGAGUGUGUGCUCUUCCAGAGAAAAGUCUACUGCUUUGUUCAUCUGAGCAUUCAGGAGUUUCUGGCUGCAGUCUACAUCUUUUACUGCUACACCAACAGCAACACAGAGGUACUGGCCAGAGUCAUGAGGAGAGAAUGUGAUGACAAAAAGCUAUCGUUGGAUAUCUUCCUGAUGAAAGUCAUGUCUAAAGCCCUGCGGAGCAAAAAUGGUCACCUGGACCUCUUUGUCCGUUUCCUUCAUGGCCUCUCACUGGAGUCCAACCAGAGGCUCUUAGGAGGUCUGCUGGGUCGGACAGAGAGCAGACCAGAAGACAUCCAGACAGCCAUCACAAAUCUUAAGAUAAGACGAGUUACAGAUAUCUCUCCUGACAGAAGCAUCAACAUCUUCCACUGUUUGAUGGAGAUGAACGAUCUCUCAGUACAUCAAGACAUCCAAGAGUUCCUCAAGUCAGAUAAGAGAUCAAAGAACGAACUCUCUGAGAUCCACUGCUCAGCUCUGGCCUACAUGCUGCAGAUGUCAGAGGAGGUUCUGGAUGAGUUUGACCUGAAGGAGUACAACGCAUCAGAUGAGGGACGACAGAGACUGAUCCCAGCUGUGAGGAACUGCAGGAAGGCUCGAUUGAGCCACUGCAGGUUGACAGACAGCUGCUGGGCUUCUCUGGCCUCGGCUCUGAAGUCCAACCCCUAUCUGACAGAGCUGGACCUGAGUGAGAACCACGACCUGCAGGAUUCAGGAGUGGAGCUGCUGUCUGCUGGACUGGAGAGUCCAAACUGCAGACUGAAGACUCUCAGAUUGAGUGGCUGCAGCUUGACAGAGAGCUGCUGUGAUUCUCUGGCCUCGGCUCUGAAGUCCAACCCCCAUCUGACAGAGCUGGACCUGAGUGACAACUGUCUGGAGGAUUCAGGAGUGAGGCUGCUGUCUGCUCUGGUGGAGAGUCCAAACUGCAGCCUGAAGACUCUCAGGCUGGAACAUGUAAAGGACUGGAUUCCAGCUGGCAGCCUGAGAGGACGUGAGUACUGAGCAGGGGCGGCUGGCCCUUAGUGGGCGAUAGUGCAUCGCCCUCCUAAAGCCAAAUGAAAAAAAGAAAGAAAAAAGAUUUAAUUUUGCCGGUCUAGGUCUUAAUAUUAUUGUCCAAUCAGCAGUCCGAAUAUUGCUGUGACAACAGCAGCCUGAAUGUCACUUUCCAACCAGCAGCCCCACCCCCUUGGGGCGAUCUCAGUCAGAUUGAAAAUAGACUCAUAGACUCUCAUAGACUUACAUGGUGAGAUUUUUUUUUCACAUUUUGGACCCUACAAUUAAUUUCUAUGGGCCCAGGGAGGGCUUGCCCCAACGUGAUUUCGUCAUACGCACCGUUGCGUGCGCGGACGAUACGUGCAGCAUGCGGAUGCAUCAGGCGGGAGACAGCAAGAUGAACAUGGCUAGGAACUGCAGCAACUCCAUCAUUUCAUUCUGUUAACAGUGAUUUCAUGGGCAAACUAGUAGAUGACAAAGUAUCUGUACGGUGGAAGUGUUUUUAUUGUGGAGCCAAAUUUAUUUGAGGCAUUUACUGUACUGACCCGCAUAAAAGACGACCCUGAUUUUA